AUGUCUUCUCAUAAGACUUUCAGGAUCAAGCAAUUCCUGGCCAAGAUGCAAAAGCAGAAUCGUCCCAUCCUCCAAUGGAUUCGAAUGAAAACUGGUAAUAAAAUCAGGUAUGACUGGAAGAGAAGACACUGGAGAAGAACCAAGCUGGGUCCAUAA